UAUAAAACUAGUGAUGAGUCAGAGAUAUGACGCCAACAACAAAGUGAUGGAUUUGUCGCGACUUCGGGAGGACUCUAAUCUGCAAUCGUUGGGACUCUAUGUGUCGCUGAGUCGACCAAAUAUGCUGAACACUGUCAUCACGAUUAUCAUUGAAAACACUGCCGACAUCGUGGGCCUUAACCUCAAAGACAAUAAACUCAGUUCAUUGGAACCGUUGGUGAAAUUGGCGAACGUUUGCGAGGCGUUGAAAGCCAUUGAUUUGUCGCAAAAUCAGAUCCGAAACACAUCUGAAUUGGAUUUUAUUAAAGGAUUAGAGUUAAUAGAGUUGGCUCUCGAAGGGAACCCCAUUUGCGAGACGUUUGAAGACCAGGCCGUGUAUAUCAGGUUAGGCUAUGAGUGGCACACCAUUGACACACUUUUGGCUAUAUUU